UUUAUAUACCGACGGAUAACUGAAACAAAGCCAUAGUUGAAAACGCGGGAAACUAGAAUCAAGUAAAUCAAAUUAGCAAUGGAGCAGUCCGGCGCCAUUCUCUGCCAAAUCUCUUAUCUAAAGGACAUGCUCGAUCAAGUAAAUGAAGAAAUUGAAGCGAAUAUCCAAAUAACGAGAGAGAUCGAGUCGGAGAUCGUUAAAUGCACAGAAUUUGAGUCCUCGUUGGCCUCUAGAGAAUCAGAUCUCACAAAGACGCUUUACGUUUCUCAAUUUGAGAUCAACGGAUUGGUUUCCGUCACCAAUAAUUCGAGAAAAUCCUUGAAAUUAGUGGAGGAGGAAUUAUUUAGUGUACGGGGAAAGAGAGAGGAGAUGGUUCAAAGAAUGAACAAUAAGCGGGAACAGUUUACCAUGCUGUGCCUAGAAUUUCAGAGGUACGUUGACCAAGGAGAAAAUGAUGAAACCAUGAAAUUGUUGUCGGAGAAAGAAUUUCUUGAAAAUGAAAUCCAUCUAUUGGAUCAGAAUAAUGAUGCUUUAAAGAAUUCGAUGUUGGCAUUUGUCGAUGAAGUCCUUCAAGAUCUUCAGGAUUCUAACUCUGCCUUACAUGUGGAGGUACAGAAUAGGAACUAUGAGAAUGAGAAAUUGCUCAAGGAUAUUGAUGAUUUGAAGACUAUGUUAGUUUUGAAUUUCAGCCGCCGUAAUUCUUGAUCAAUUAUGACCAAGUACCUAUUUUCAGAAACCUUGUGCAAGUAGAACAGAACAGCUUGAAUUAUAAUUACCAGUAGCAAAGAUCAUCAUCAACUGUAUUAUUGACCGAGGAUGCACUGGUUACUCUGCCUGCAACCUAAUCCAGCAAAUAUACACACAUUUUCUGAGGUAAUUGAUUAAAGUAUCUUUACCAUUAGUAUUGCAAACUGUGCUGCACUGUGCAUAAUAAAUUUGGACUGUUCUGUUCAAUUUUUUCACUGAUAGAACCUCAGGGAAGUGGAGCUUUCAACUAGCUAACAAGCUUUUGCAGUGAUACAGUAUUUGUAUACAGUGGGCAUUAGGCUACUGUAUCACAUGGAGGGGAGACUGGUCAAACUUUUGACCUCCAGGAAUAUUUGCACUUACACAGUCGUUAUGCAAACUUUUUUCCUUUUCAGUUGUCAGCACUGGGUAGGGGUCCGGUGCCGGCUUCACUGUAAGUUUUGGUUCAUCUUCACCAAGUGCAUCUUUGUUACGUCACUUUCAGGUAGGGGUCCGUAUGGGUUAAAAUUCUGGCUGUUUACAGCGGGACUUGGGGAAAAUUUUUUGGAACAGAGAGGUAGAUUCGCACAGUAGAAAUUGUUAGACUGAAACCCGUGUUGGUUCUUCUUUGCUAUUAACAGUGUGGAUCACAGGUAAAUCGAACAGUGCGUUUUUAUUGAGAACGUGAAAAAGGGAAAAACGUGCUGGUAAGAGAAUGUUCACAUCACCUAGUGGAGGACAUAUGCAUGUGGUCACCAAAUCAUAGAAAAAAAAAAAGAAAGAAUCAUCACUGAACGACCCUAUCUAGUAAUUUUUAAUAUGAAAUUGGUGUUAAAUGCUUAGCCUUGGUCAGGUACUCCUAGAAGGCUUUUUUGCCAAGUUUUUUGCUACUAAUAUGCUCUUAGUGGACUGCUCCUGUUCCUAAUGAUUAUAUAAUCAACGUCAUCAUCUAAUAAAGUUAGAGAUAGGGCAUUUUGUCACUGUCGUAAGUUGGUGAUACCUUCGGAGAAAAUUAUCUUUAGUCAUCUCAAUAGUUGGGAAAAUAAUUGAUGGAAGAGAAGUGAUACAUAGGCAGGCAGUAUGGUCAUUAUUUGGCCAUAGGUUAACUGCUCGUUUGAAUUCAUAGAUGCUAUAGCCUCUUUUUGUUGCCAGAAACACACACACUCACAUCGGGAUUUUAAUUUAGAAAAAAGAAAAAAAAAAGUUUGUGAAGAAAAAGAUAAGAGGUCCCUCUGCUACCAAAAAGGCAAAGCGAUAGGAAGUUCCAUGCAUGGAGAAAUGAAAACCCAGACACAAGUAGAGGUCAUGGUAUGACAAAAUAAAGAAUGUGGCUCAAAAUAUAUCAUAAACUAGGUUGUCUUCCAUGUCAUGGACACAGGCCAUGUCUGUCUCGUGAACAUCACGUGUACCCGUAAUUUUUGUCCGUACUAAUACAGCUAGGUCUUUUCUAUUAUGUAAAACUCUUGGGAAAAUUUUGCUAUGCUUUUGGGACCCCUCCUUCA